ACAGCGAGCAGCUUAUAUAAAGGGAGGCGGAGGGAGGAUAGCAGAUGUUACUGAGAAGGAUCCUAUAGAAGAACCAUGAAGUGGACUAUUUUGCUGUUGGCCAUUGGGCUCUUGGCAGGAGCCCAAGCCCGAUCCCUGUUCAAAGACGCACCCAGGACAAAAUGGGAGUCUGCCCUGGACAGCUUUUGGCAGACACUGAACAAAGUGGAGGAGGCCGCAGAUGAAGCCACUUUAAGGAUGAGAGAUUCUCAGAUCGGCAAGGAGCUUGAUGGACUUAUCAAAGAAACUAUGGCGGAAUUAAGCGAUUACGCAGAUGACUUGAAGAGUAAGGUAGGCCCCAUGGCCCAGGAUGCUCAGCAACGUUUCAAUGAUGAAGUCUCUGCUCUGGCUGAUAAACUCAAGAGUGACAUGGAAGACACAAAGUCUCGGGCCAUCCAGUAUUCAGGAGACCUGCGCUCAAUGUUUGAUCAGAACAUUGAAGACGUUCAAGGAAAGGUCAGUAUGUACAUGAAGAAGUUAAAGAAACGUCUCGCAAAAGACAGCGAAGAUCUUAAACAGAAGCUGAGUGAAUAUGGAGAGGGCCUCAGCAAGAACACUCAGGAAAAGGUAGAAAACCUCCGUAAAAAUAUUGAACCCUAUGUGACCAACCUGAAGAAGAAGGGAGAAGAACGUCUCAAGUCUGUGAAAGAGGCCAUGGAUGAACAAGGGAAACAACUCAGGGAUAGAUUCGCCUCAGUGGCAAAAGAUGUCCAGAACAAAGUCAAGAAAAUGGCCUCCGAUGUCAAAGCCAGUGUAGACAAGGUGACGGAACAGAUGAAGAAGUGGUUCAACCCUUCCAUAGACAACCUCCGUAACCAGCUUCAAAACCUGGCCAAGAGUCUCCAGAACAAGAAGCAAUAAGACACGAGACUGAACACGAGAACCACCACACUCAUAGCUUGACAAGUGUAACAAUUCUGCAAACAGCUGCUAAUCCGGGACCAAGAGCUUGCCUUCAAUUCUAGAUUUCAAGACCAACAUUUACCAUCCGCCCAUCACAUUUCAAUCUCAUCAUGGACGACACUAUGGACUAGCAGAAUAGUUACAUUUCUAGGUCGGUCCAGACCUGGAGGCCUUGAAGUCCAGAGUCAUUUGUCCUUCGCCACCAAGAAUUAAAGAUAUACAGUGACCCCUCGACCUACGAUGGCCCCGACAUACGAUAAUUUCAACAUGCGAUGGCCUCUCAGAGGCCAUCGCAUGUUGAAGGCAGCAUCAACACACGAUGCUUUUGUAUGUCGGGGCCAUCGCAUAAACGGCUAUCCGGCAGCGCAGACUGCUUCAGCUGCCACCGGAUAGCCGUUUACGGUGCCCCGUGAGCUCUGGUGAUGUCUCUUACCUGUCCUCGGGGCUCCGGCGCGUCCUCUUCGGGAUCCCCUGCAUUGUCGGUGCUGUCUAUCGACAUCAUCACGUCGCUGCGCACGCUGUCCCGUCAUCCAAUAGGAGCGGCGUGCGUAGCGACGUGAUGGCGGCGACGGAGAGCGAGGAUGCCCGGGAACCAGAGGCCUUACCGGAGCGUCGGGGACACCUCGGUGACGCGCCGACAGCGAUGGACGGUCCGGAGCGGCGGGGACAGGUGAGUACAACUUCCUCUAACAGUGAUCUUCAACCUGCGGACCUCCAGAUGCUGCAAAACUACAACUCCCAGCAUGCCCGGACAGCCGUUGGCUGUCCGGGCAUGCUGGGUGUUGUAGUUUUGCAACAUCUGGAGGUCUGCAGGUUGUAGACCACUGUCCUAUACUUUACAUUGCACGGAUCCCUCAACAUAUGAUGGUUUCAACAAAUGAUGGUCCGUUUGGAACGGAUUGCCAUCGUAUGUUGAGGGACCACUGUAUGAUGGACAUAUUAGGAUGAAUCUUAAAUCCUGGCAUUUUAAAUCAUACAUUGCACAACUACAAGUCUACAAAAUCACUGAUCUAGUCCAGUAUUGGUGCCUGUGGGAACAAGGGAACAUCUGCGGCUCCAUCUUGGUGCCUACAAGCAAUGGCAACAGUCAGUUCUGCAAACACCGGGGGUUAAAUUACUCAUCCAAAUGAUAACACCCCAUCCUCAUGAGACUGUUGUAUUGUAUACUAAGCAUAAUCUAACUACUGUGUGUUUAAAAUACCUUCGCUCUGCGCAGGACUGCAUCACAUCCAAAGAGUAUUUCUAACGCUCUUCUUGACCUCUCAUCAAAUAAACUUUUGAUAUAUUUUAGAUGAAUGAAUGUUGAAUAACUUUCCAAUAGCAUGUUAAUGAAAAUUAUGCUUCUUUCUAUUGUAUUUUUCCCGAUCAGUCCUGCCAGCAAGCAUUUCUGACUCAUGCUGGAGUCCUAAACACUCAGAGCUGCCAGCCUGCUUUGUUCACAGCCAAACAGGCUGUGAACAAAGCAGGCUGGCAGCUCUGAGUGUUCUCCUUUGUGAACAAAGCAGACUGGCAGCUCGUAGUGUUUAGGACUCCAGCAUGAGUCUGAAAUGCUUGCUGCCAGGACUGGUAGGGAGACCCCUAGUGGUCAUUUCUUCAAAGUGGAAAAUGUAAUAGAAAGAAGCAUAGUUUUUAAUAACAUGCAAUUGUAAAGUUAUUCUGCAUACAUUAAUCUAUAAUAUAUCAAAAGUUUCUUUGAUGAGAGGUACCCUUUAAUACCUUUGUCUCAUACAUUGUCUUAUGUGUUUUUGUAAUAUCUUUUUGUAUUCUUUCCUUUGUCUCCAGGACACUGUGCAUACACUCUCUUGUCAGCGCUACAAUAUAUGUAUAUUUUCUCAAUUGCGAUCAAUAUUUUUUAAAUAAAAGGAAAGGCUGACAUA